GCCUUGGUUCACUCUGCGUGAUGAGAAGGCCGGCAUUUUGAAAUCCCUUCGAAACUUUUUAGAAGGUCAUACUUUUAUUUAAAUUUAUUGAUAAAGAUGGCAUCUGAUCCUAAUCUCAAAGGCAGGGCUCAUCUUUUUAAAAACAAAGGAAAAGAUGCUGAGGAAAUGCGAAGAAGAAGAACUGAAGUAACAGUUGAAUUGAGAAAGAAUAAAAGGGAUUUACAUAUACUGAAACGACGGAAUGUUCCUGCCCAAGAUAGUACUGAUUCUGAAGACAAUGAAAAACCAACAACACAGAAUUUACAAACAAUUGUUCAAAAUGCUGCCAGCAAUGAACCAUCAGUUCAGCUUAGUGCUGUUCAAGCUGCAAGGAAACUGCUGUCAAGUGACAGAAACCCUCCAAUUGAUGACUUAAUAUCAUCUGGAAUUUUACCUAUUCUUGUUGACUGCCUUUUAAAUCAUGAAAACCCAUCACUGCAAUUUGAAGCUGCAUGGGCGCUGACUAAUAUAGCUUCUGGUACAUCAGCACAAACACAGGCUGUAGUCAAUGCAGGUGCUGUCCCAUUGUUUCUGAGAUUAUUACAAUCCCCUCAUCAAAAUGUUUGUGAACAGGCAGUUUGGGCAUUGGGUAAUAUAAUAGGUGAUGGCCCUCAGUGUCGAGACUAUGUGAUUAGCUUAGGUGCUGUCAGCCCUCUCUUGUCUUUCAUCAGCCCCUCAAUUCCUUUGCCAUUUUUACGAAAUGUUGCAUGGGUAAUAGUGAAUUUAUGUCGUAACAAAGAGCCACCACCUCCACCGGAAACAAUUAAUGAAAUUCUACCUGCCUUGUGUAAUCUGAUUCACCAUGUAGAUAUUAACAUUUUAGUUGAUACUGUCUGGGCUUUGUCUUACCUGACUGAUGGCGGCAAUGAACAAAUACAAAUGGUUAUUGAUUCAGGUGUAGUCCCUUUCUUAGUACCCCUCCUAAGUCAUCCUGAAGUAAAGGUACAGACUGCAGCUCUUCGUGCUGUUGGUAACAUUGUUACUGGCACCGAUGAACAGACACAAAUUGUCCUCAAUUGUGAUGCACUGCAGCACUUCCCUCCUCUAUUGAUGCAUCCCAAAGAGAAAAUCAACAAGGAAGCUGUGUGGUUUUUAUCAAAUGUCACAGCAGGAAAUCAACAACAAGUGCAGGCAGUUAUUGAUGCAGGCUUAAUUAACUUGAUUAUUCACCACUUAUCACAAGGUGAUUUUCAGACACAGAAAGAAGCAGCUUGGGCAAUUAGUAAUCUUACUAUUAGUGGCAGAAAGGAACAGGUUGGCUAUGUUGUUCAUGAAGGAGUGAUUGGCCCCUUCUGUAAUUUACUGGGAGUUAAAGAUCCACAAGUUGUUAAUGUUGUUUUAGAUGGCAUUAACAACAUAUUGAAGAUGGCUGGUGAUGAUGUUGAAUCUUUAUGCCAGCAAAUAGAAGAAUGUGGUGGCUUGGAUAAGAUAGAAAACCUCCAAAACCAUGAAAAUGAAGAUAUAUAUAAAUUAGCUUAUGACAUCAUUGAUAAAUAUUUCUCUGGGGAAAUUGAAGAAGAUACUCAGUUGGUGCCUCAAGCUGCAGAACAGAGUUAUCAAUUUGAUCCCAAUGCUCAAAUCCCCUCUGAAGGUUUCAAGUUUUGAAAAAUCCACAAAUCGUCUGCUGUGCAUUCAUUGAUCUACGCACUGUUGGAAGCAGAAGCAACUUGAAGAUUACUGCAAUCAGUUUUGGGGAUGAACAUACUACUACUACUACUACUACUACAACUACAACUACUCUACUACUAUUACUACUACUUUUCUACAUCGUUUACUGCAGUUUAAAAAGAAAAAAAAGACAAAAAAAGAACAAAGAAUACACUCAUCAGCAGCAACAGCUACACUUUACAGCAAAUUAUGAGUUUUGUUGGCUUGGCUUCUGUUGCCCUUCUUCUGUUUUCUAGACUUCUUUAUUCUGUCAACUUCAACUCUUAAUACUACUGUCAAGCAACAAUUCUAGUCCCCAGUUUUAUUUUAUUUUUUGUUUGUUUUAUUAUUAUUAUCAUUAUUAUUAUUAUUUUAGCUCUUGACUGUAUUUUACUGCCAAACUAAAUUUUUAAUUACAGUGUUUUCAAAGAAGCAAUCUAUUAUAUAUUUAUAUAUAUAUAUACAUAUGUAUGUGUGUAUAUAUAAAUAUAUAUAUAUAUAUAUAUAUAUAAUACACAUACCUACACACACAUACACCUCUGUGUGUGUGUGUAUAUAUAUAUAUAUGUGAAUAAUUUAUACUAUUUAGGCAAUGGAAAAACUUAUAUUUUUUUUUGUGUCUUAGCUCACCCUUUUAAAAAAAUGUUUCAGUUUAGCAUUCAAACCCUGUUUGGUUUUCUUUUAUUUUUCUCUCCUUUUCUUUUGAUGUAUGUUGCUGGUAUUUUUCUCUUCCAGCUUAAAUUGCAUUGUAUCCAAUGCUGUUAUUAUUAUUAUUGUCAGAUUAUUCCCUACUUCUUCUUAAAGAAAUACCUGCUGAUUGUAGAUCCAUGUUUAUCAUUUAACAAUAAUCCUACUAUUUAGUAGAUUAAAGGAUUCUUUUAUUAUCAUAAUUCAAUAUUUUAUUAAUUUUGAUCAAAAUACAGGAGAACUAUGCUAAAUCUUAGGUUGCGAUUGUUUUUUAUUCUUCUGCUAAGUUUCAAAAAUGUCGUUAAAUAUGUAAAAAAAAUUCUGACUCUUUUAAGGUACUUGGUUUCAUUUCAUUAUUAUUAUUCCUUCGACUUUUCUUUAUUCCCUAGAAAUAGAGUUCUUUGCUGCUUGGAACAUCUAUUUCAAGAGAUGGCAAAAUUUAAUAUAUAUGUUGUGUGCGUGUAUGUAUAUAUAUAUGUGUGUGUAUGGUGUGUGUGCAUACAUAUAUAUGGUGAGUGUCUGUGUGUGUAUAUGUAUGUAUAUAUAUAUAUAUAUACACGCACACACAUGAUAUAUAGGAAGGCAGAAUCAUUUUUCUCUUAAUUAGAAAUAGGUAAUUAUUUUAGUCGGAUCAUCUGUCUUCCAUAGGUUAUUCUUGGUUCUUUUUUUUUUUUUUUGCUUUUAAUUUUCCUCAUUUGCAUUGAAACCUAAGAAGAAGAAUAUUUUUAUUACUAUUAUUGUUGUUGAUUGAAAACUGUGCAAAUGUCAAUAUCUUUGACAAAAGAGAAACUUUAAAAGGAAUUAAAAUAUUAGCCAAGAAUUGUUUUCUUUUGUUAAUGAAGUUGAGUAGAGGAACAAGUGUGAGGACUAAAGUUUCUAUUUUUAAUCAGUGGGCUUUGCAGUAGCUAUCUCAUUGCAGCACUGGUUGGACACAAAGAUAGGGGUUCCUGUUGGAUUAUUCUUUACUAUGGGGAAAUAGCCAUAAUACCAUUUCCCCAGUUAUCGCUGAAUUUAUUAGUUACCAUUGAUAUUGGUGUAUGUGUUAGCUUUAUUAUAAUUACUAUUAUUGUUAUUACUAUGAUUAUUAUUAUUAUUAUUAUUAUAAAUGCAUCUAGUAAAUUUUUAUGAUGCUGUGAUUUCUCUGCAGAAUGUAUUGGAACUAAGUUGUGAAUGUUGGUGCUGGUGGUGCAUUGUUGCUAAAAAUUGAAUGAUGUAAGGGCUUCUUGAAAAUUACUUUAAAAAACCUUCCUCUUUUAUAUAUAUAUAGUUUAUAAAAAACAUUCCAGCUGUUCUUUCUUUCUAAAGUAACUAAGUUAAACUAAGUGGUAGUGGUAUCAUGUUUUCACUUCUCACCUGAUGGUAGUAGCAUGGGUUUCCUUGCAGGUCUCUGACCUAGCAAAGUAUUUACGACUACUAUUGAUCUUGUUGUUAUGAUGCUCCAGUAAGGCCGUUUAUCGACGACACAUUACUUGUGUAUCGACCAAGCUGACUGUUUAGACUUCCUUUCUCUAUAUGAUCCACUUGAUUACAUUAGCAAUUCUUCGGUGAAUUGGCUAAUUAGUUAUUAAUUUUACUGGUCAUCUCUCUCUCUCUCUCUCUCUCUCUUCUCUCUCUAACCCAGUUUGAUUUAGAAAAGAAUAGGCAUUUCUGGCUUCAAACUUUAAACUGUGGCCAACUAAUUUAUACCAUAAUUUUAAUAAAAAACAAAACAAACUUGACUCUGUCUUUAUCCUUUUCAGAAAAUGGCUGAUUUGGAAGUUUGAGAAAUUGGUGAUUUGAAAUAUAAAUCUUUAAAGAUGUCAAAAAAUGAAAUUCGGGAAUGUGUGUCUAUAUUCUCUGAAAUGUGAACCUGAAGAAUGGAGGUGGUGAUUGUAAAUUUAAAAACUAUAAAUUUGUAUGACUGAAUGUGUGAAUGAGUGUUUAUCAAGUGUGAAGGUGCUAUUUCUCUUAACAUUGACUGAUUGAAAUGCUGUGAAAUAUUUCAGGAUAUUCUUGAAUGAAAAGACUGACUGCUAUGGUCUCUAUACCACUCUUGUGAGUGUGUCUCUUAUCAACUGUGUGAUAUUGAACGAAGAGCUGGGUGAAAGCUAAAAUUUACUAGUGUAACUUACUCUACCAACAAUAUGAUUUUUCUGUCCAUGCUAUACAGGCUUUGCAAUAAUGAUUGUAAUUUUCUAAUACACUGUGAAAAUAACAAAACUGUAACGAAUGUGUAUAUGUGGAAUUCAAAAAAAAAAAGAAUUUUUUUUUUUCUAACGUUUGUACACAAACUUACCACAAGUUUUCCUCUGUGCAACAAACUUUUCAAAGCACUUUUGGUGGAAUGACUGCUAAGGACUUGUUCAUUUAGAAUGUUUAAUUGGACAAAUUACAAUGCUUCUGUUUAACCCAUUCAUUGGGUUAUUUGGUUGUCCUCAUAACAGUGGUAAACUUGUUGCACAUGGAGUUUUACCUGUAAGUUUUUUUUUUGUUUUUUUUUUUCUUAAUUACUAGCCGGCCCUACCUUUGUAUCUAUUUAUACACAGCAUUACUUCUCACUGGGCGCAGGUUUGGAAAAUAGCAGUUAUUAUCGCUUUGCCUGUAUUUUAAUGUUGAUAGUUUCUUAAAAUUAUUGUUUUUGUUUUAUUGAAACAAAUCCACAUACACAUACAGCUAGUUUUAAGAAAUAACUUGCAUGCCACCUUCUUUUAGAGUUGAAUAGAACUCCUCUUUUUUUUUAAAAAAAAAAAAAACCAAAAUCCCACAAAAAUUAUUUUCAUUACCUUCAAGGUAGGUUACCACUAGUUAUGGAACUAAUUGAUUGAUUUCAAACUAAAAUUAUAAGCUAACGUUUUCCAUGUCUUAUCAACUCUGUGGCCUUUUAAGCUUUAUCAAAAAAAAAAACAACGUCCAGCCAUAUGUUUAUUAAAUUGUGAAUUCUAACUGAACAAAAUACAUGGAUAUUAUUUGCUAGAAAACUUCAUUCUUAACUUCUCUAAUUCUGUUUUAUCUGUUCUAUUUUAUAUUUUUAUUAUUUUUUUUUUUUUUUAGUUUCCUACCUGUACAGAAUCCUCUAUUGUCACCUAGUCAAUAAAAAGUGGCUAUAUUUCUUCUCAAGUUCACUUGCAAUUCCAUUUUUUUUUUAUUGCGUGCAUUUUUUAAAAAAAUUUUAUUUUUCUUGUUGAUGACAUGUCUUCUUCGUUCACUGUGGCAUGUCAAGUUUUAUAAUGAGAUUUAAUGUUCUUUAUUAUAGUCCCUACAACAGUUUCUUUCCAGUUAUUCAAAACAUUUUAGGUUGGCAGCUGUGAAAUUGAUAGUCCAAUAUUUGAUGAAUUUUGAUAAUUACAGAACUAAAUUCUCAACAUGACUAGUGAAUGUCUCUCAUAUAACUUGAAAAAUUCCUUAAUUUUUAAAAUACUUAACUUUAUUAUUUUCGACAUUAUUACCUUUCCUAAAUAUUUUAACCUGAUCUAUAUUUUUCAUUCUUAGAUUCAACAACUUCUGUAUUUAUUGGAUUUUUCAAAAUUUUUAAAACAGACAAUUUUAAAAUUCUUUUAAAGAAUAGUGAAGCUUGAAGCAGAUAAAGCUAUAAAAAAAUGAACUGUAAACAUUGGAUUAAAAAUCAGACAGUAAGUCGAAAAUGCUGGUCAUGGGACACGCACCUGCAUAUUCUGUAAACACGGCAUAUGUUCUAGCAUUGAACCAAAGCAAUCCUUCAAAAUUUCUCUAUCCACAGCGUUUUUGACCCAAUAUUUAUUGCUUUAUUUACUUUGAGAUUCACCAUUCCUAAAAUUAUUUCACGUUCUCAAAGUUUCUAAAUUCUUAGACAUAUUUUGUAUUGUUACUUUUUACUUGCAACACUUAUAACGGUUCAUUCUUAUUUCCAUACAGCCAAGUUUGACAACUUUUGUAUUUUGUAUUGGGAAAGAAGGAAAGAAAAAAAACCAAACAAAAAGAGUGGUUGAAACUGAAAUAGAUUUUUGAACAUUUCUCUAGCUAUGUCAGAGCAACAGCAAAAUAGAGAAGAAAUAUCUCGUAGCUUUAAUCUUGUAUGAUGGCCGCAGGUGGUUGUAAAAACAUUUCAAAUGAAGACUUCAGUCUCUCCAACUUAGUGGUAAUGACUUUUCACUAAAAUGAAUUUAAGACUUGUUUUUUUUUUAUUAGUUUGAUUUCCUGUUUUAGUGAAGAAUUUAGUCAGUCACUAUAAAGCUUGUUUCUUUGAAAAUAAAUACCGUAAACAUCACCUUCCGUCCAUAACAUUGUGAAACCGUUUGUCCUAACUUGAUUCAUAUCUUCUUCAAACUUUUAGCUUUAUAGAAAUUUAACAAUAACGACAAAAUUUUGGCUGUGAUAUUAAUAAUUAAAAUAACCAAAAAACAUUUAAGUUGCUUGUAAAAGGGAACAAAUUCUCUUGAAUUUAGUUAUUAACUACUUUUAAACAUAUCAAUCUUUUAUCUAGCUAUACUGAAUAAAUUUACCAAAAACCUUUUGGAAUAUCACUUUUAUAUAUUUUUUGGUGCCAGUUUAGCAUGCAGUCUAACCCAAACCCUAACUCUAACCUCAACCCCAACCUGAUCCUUCACCCUAACCCUGAUCAGGUACUUUCACAGUAUAAAUAAAGGAUACUGUGGUAGACCGCAUGUUAAAGUAGCAUCACUCCCUAUUUUCUUUCUAAAUAGGGCUUCAUGUAAAUGGGAAUUUUACAUUUAAAGAUAGACAUAUUGGUUUUUAGGACUUUUAUUAUAAUGAAUUUUUAAACUUCAGUUUCCUGCUGCCAACUUUUCUCUCUAAACCGCUCUACACUAGCCAACCAAAUGUUACUGUGUGUAUACAUACAUACAUAGAUUUUAUUUCACUGUUUUCUAUUUCUCUGUAUUUUCAGAAUAACUGGAUUUUUUUUGUAUAUAUUGAUUUUCGGUUUUCUUUAACAAUAAUUUUCCAAAUCAAAUCACUGUUUGAUUGUUUUUAUAACCUGGGGUCAUUUUAACUCUUUUACUUUGUAUAAGAGUUGAUUUUCCAGUUCCAGAUGCAUAGAAUGUAAAAGCCAUUCGAGAUGAUUAUUCAAAGGAUUUGAUUUGAAGAAUUCAGUUAGAAUGAAACAAUUUCUAAAUUCAUUAAUGCAACACUGCUACUAAUUAGUUAAAGAAUAAGAAAAACUUUGAAAAGAAAUGAAGUACUUUCUCACAAUUAUGAUUUUAUACAGUUAAUUCACUUAUCUUGCGUAUGUAUGUACACACACAAACACAUAUACGUGUGUGUGUGUGUAUAUAUAUAUAUAUACACACAUGCAUAAAUAUGUGUGUAUACAUAUAUGCGUGAUAUUUUUAAGUGAGGUCUUGAGCACACAGUUUAAAUAUUUAGAUGGAAGACAUUGUUUAAAGAAGAUUGUUAAAAUGGCCCCUUGUGACAUCCUGGCUUCAUAACUUCCGGUUUAUUUUAAAGUCCAGUCAGAUUGCUGUAUCUUGAAUAUUCAAUAAAGAAACCAUUAUAUCCAG